ACGUCCGACCCGGCCCGCUUCCCUGUUUGUUCUCCGUCCCCUCCCCUAGGACCGCCGGUCCGCCGCCGGUUGCCAGACACAUCGCCCGAGCGGCGCGGCGCAUCCAGGACGACGGGCGCGACAGCGACUCCGCCGACCUAGCCAGUCGCCCAUCCAUGGAUGCGCUCAUGGCUAACUACGCAUCCGGCUCUGACGAUGACGACGACGACGAUGAGCCGGCGACGGUCGCGGACGGCGCCUCGGGGCCGCCGCAGGAAGCUUCCGCGCUGCUUCCUCCCCCUCCCCUCGACCUUCUCCAGUCCCCGAACUUCGUAGAUUACUCGACAAUUCCACAGGGGAGUCGCAUCCGGAGUUUCCCCCAUGUGGAAGGCAACUACGCGCUGCAUGUCUACAUCCCUGUGGUCAUUCCUUUCAACGCAAGGAAACAUCUGACCCUCGUUAUGAGAAGAGUAGCAUCACUUGUGCCAGAUCUCUAUGCUGUAGAUGCGGAUUACGCACUUUCGGAGUUGUGCAAAGAUGAGCAAAAACUUGAGAAAGUGCUUCUCGGCAGGGAGUUCCAUGUAAGCUUAGGAAGAACUGUUGGAAUUCAGGUGCAUCAAAUUGACUCCCUCGUCGCAAUGCUUCGUCAGAAGUUUCAGUCACAACAGCGGUACUGGAUGGACUUGAACAAAUGGGAGCAUUUUGUCAAUGAUGAUUCUACACGAUCAUUUCUUUCACUAGAGGUUACAAGAACUGGGUUACCAGAGAUCAGUAAACAAAUACAUAUGGUUGAUGAAGUAUAUCGAUUGCACGGUCUUCCUGAGUUUUACAAGAAUCCCCGGCCACACAUAUCAUUGGCGUGGGCAUUGGGUGAUGUUAGCUCCAAACUGAAGCAGGCAACUAAGGAGAUUGAAAAAUUUGAAAACAGCAUCAACUUAUCUAAAAACUAUAAUCUGAGGUGCAAUUUCAGUCGUAUAUUGUGUAAAGUAGGCAAGAAGGUCUACGAUAUCUGUAAAAUUGGAGACUGAAACGACAUUUUUGUACACUUACCGAGUUUUGUAGAGUCAAUACCCUUGGUUGUAACAAGUAACUAAAAAUGUUAUGUGUUUCAGCAGCAUUUAUUGUUUUGAGAACUA